UUCCGGAAGUUCUGUCACCUUUCAGUGCCGUAAACAGCCCAGAGUAAAAGGGAUCAGGCUGCGCGUGUGUGUGUGUGUGUGUGUAUGUGUGUUCGUGCAGCUUCUGAGCUCUUUCUCCAGAGAGUCUCAGCACCAUGUUGGCCCUCAUUAACCGGCUCCUGGACUGGUUCCGCUCGCUGUUUUGGAAGGAGGAGAUGGAGCUCACCCUCGUCGGCUUGCAGUAUUCCGGAAAAACCACCUUCGUCAACGUGAUCGCGUCGGGUCAGUUCAGUGAGGACAUGAUCCCCACGGUGGGCUUCAACAUGAGGAAAGUCACCAAAGGCAACGUCACAAUCAAGAUUUGGGACAUUGGAGGACAGCCUCGCUUCAGGAGCAUGUGGGAGAGAUACUGCAGAGGCGUCAAUGCGAUAGUGUACAUGGUGGACGCCGCGGACCGGGAAAAGAUCGAGCCGUCCAGGAACGAACUGCACAAUUUGUUAGACAAACCUCAGCUUCAAGGCAUUCCUGUUCUCGUUUUGGGGAACAAGAGAGACCUCCCGAACGCGCUGGACGAGAAGCAGCUCAUUGAGAAAAUGAACUUGGCAGCAAUCCAGGACAGAGAAAUCUGCUGCUACUCUGUCUCGUGUAAAGAGAAGGACAAUAUCGACAUCACACUGCAGUGGCUUAUUCAGCACUCAAAGUCCAGGAGGAGCUGAGAGGAGAAGCCAGCGUCCUGCAGCCAAAGCCCCCCCCCCCCCCCCCCCCCCCCCGAGUCAAAAACCUGGUCCAAACACCAUGUCCAAGCCCCCACAUCUCCACCCAGAACCUGCUUUGAGCUAGCGUAAAAGCCAUUGUAAAUGUGUUGGGUAUUUUUAGGCCAAAAACAGUCCUGUGUAUCUUUUCUUGGACCGCAUUUCCUCGCUCAAAGCACAACACAGCCACUCAAGCCCUACACUCUGUCUAUUCGUUGAUUUUCUUUCUUUCUCUCUCUCUCUCUCUGUAUGUGUGGGAUUCAGGGCCCUGUUCUCUCACAAUGAAAUACAAAACACACCUUUCACGUCCGUGUGCACUCUUGUCUGAGCCUUCGGUCAAUCGACACAUCAGCAGAUUGGUGUUUCUCUCCGAGGACCAUUUAAAAAAAAAAAAUCUUUUAUAGCAAACGCUUACAGUGAUGGACCGUUAGAAUAUUAGCUAAUCACGUUUUAACCUGAUGAGCAUUACGGUGAUUGUCAAGCACUCGACCGCACAUUUAGCGCUUAUCUGGAGCUAAAGAUAUGGGAUAAGGUCGUCUAAAAAUAUCUGAGUGGCCACGAUGGCAAAGAAUUCUGCACUACAAUUCAGCACAGAGCAACAAAUGAUCCUGGUUUGGGUUUUGAGUGUGUUACAUAUUCAGACAACUUUACUCCAACAGCAGCAUCUCGUAUUUCCGUUGCACCACUGGAGACGUGUUCUUAAUUUAUUUAAAGCUUCGAUUUGCAUGUUUUUCUGACCCCGAAAUUAGUUCCAUUCACAGAAUUCGCACCUCAUGACACUUUAUCAGUGUUUUCCUUGCAAUUGCCGUUCACCUCCACGAGCAUCAGACGGCUUUAGGAAUUACAAACUGCCGCUUUAAAUUUGUACAGAACGUAAGACUUAAACACGAUUCCAUUUUUAUUGCUGUUUUUAAACAAUGGAGAGCCCCCCCCACCCCAUCCCACCCACACACACUGAUUUGGACUCUGAAAUCGUCAUCUCUGUAUUUAUCUUUAAAGACAUCAUGUAAUCUGAGUGAAGCUGAAUCACACUAUAGGAUUUAAAAAAAAAAAAAAAACAACAGAACAAACAAUACUACUGGUUCUCAUCUAUAAAUGUGCCUUGACAAUCCUUCUUCCACUACAGCGGUGUUUAAGCAGAGAAACACAUCACGUCUUUUGAAUUAAGCGUUAUUAUUUUGCAUUGUGAAGGUUUCAGUCGUGUGGUUCCUUAUUUACAAAUAUAUAUCUUAAUAUAACCACAUUAUCAUCCUAUAAGGCUAAUCAUGCAGAUUGCAUAGGUAGAAAGGUGGAAUUAAAGGUGCGGUUUGUAAUUUUCGCAAGCGGUUCCUGAAACUAUUUUAUUCAUAUCCUUUUGUUAAUAUUUAUAAAGGAAAAGGGGGGGAAAACAUUCGCAGUAUUGCCGUGCAUCGGCUCUCGUACGCUUCAUCUUGUGAAACUUUUUGUAAACGCUUUUCUGGGCCGAGAAACGAGCUCAAACAGCCACAGCGGAGCUUCUCAGCCACAGCGCUUCUCAUAAGGCAGUUCAUGAGGUAAAUGUAUUUUCACCACAGGGAUCUGGUUGUUUUAUUUAUUUUUUCCCAUUGUGGUUGCAGAACAUCUUACAAGGUAAUAAACUGUUUGAAAAAUGACAGAUUGCUCCUUUAAAAAUGUCCAGCGACAUGUUAUCUUUAAUGCAGUGUGGUGGUGUUUGCAGUUUUUUCCCCGUCCCCCACACGUGGCUUGAGAAUGAUCUCAUUUAUAAGAGAGGGAAGAAGUUGGAGAGCUGAAAUGUGCAAAAUGAUUACUUUAUAAAAAGCACAGUGCUUUACUGUGGGAGAACAGGACCCUCUGUCUUACUUGCUCUUUUUCUCACUCUGUCGUCAUUGCACGUGUGUGUGCGCUCUCUCUCUCGCAUCUUAAUCUCCAACGUGACACUAUAACCCUUUGCCAAGUCUCACUCUCCACAGUGCAUCGUCCCAUUUCCUCCUUCACCUUUUGGACGCUUUCAGGUGGACUUUCCCUCUCGUCCCGAAUCCAGAAACACUAAUACACUCGAGCUUCUCACUUCUGGACCGGUUCGUCUCCAUCACCAACACGUCCACCAUCCAAAAAGUGCUGUUACAUGUCCGAAAGAAAGCAGUCUGUCCUCGCCCUGCCUGUGUCUGUGACCCUGCUGUGUGUCUGUCUGUCUGCUCUGGACUUGAUUGUGGAAAAGGAAGGAAAAAAAAAGAAAGGAGGGGAAAAAAAGCCUGCCAAAGUGAUCAUAUUUUCAGCCUCUGUAGUGCAAUGAAAGCUUAAAUUGUGAUGCAAUUAAAGUGACAGUUUGGCAGAAAUAAAUGGACACAGUUUUCUCUGUUUACCCACACAAAGGCUUUGAAAGUAAUGUAGCUAAUAAAUACAGAUCAGCAUACAGAAUCCACUUGAGGUGCUAUUAUCUAUAAAGAUGGAUGACAAAAAAAAAAGCUGGAAUCAGUAUCUUCCUCAAAUUUCAGACUUUAUUACUUUCCAAACCACAAACAAAUGUUUCACAGUGGAAUUGGACACAAGUCAUUUUGAUGGUCAUCAAUUAUUUUAGUUUUUAAUGUUUAUUUUAUUGGACAUUAAAAGCAAUUUGAAUGGUGAAUUGGUCAGGUAAUGGUAGAAUUUCUAUUUUUUUUUUUGGGGGGGAUUGGACAUUCAAGGUCAUUUGCAUUGCAAUACAUCUCAUUUUCAUUUAUUUUAAUUUUACAUUCUCUCUCUCUCUCUCUCUCUCUCUCUCUGGGACACUCUCUGUUUUGAGGUAAAAGAUAAAAUUGUGUCCAUUUCAUUUUCCUUUCCGAAUUGUUGAGGCAGUUCCAGUCUGUAUGGUGUUUGGUUUGUGAAUAUCACCUUACGGAGGUGGCGCAGAUCGAGCGACAGGCUGAAACUCGUUCUCUGCAGAAAUUUAAGUGCCUUCUGCGACCGUUCCAGCUUCUGCAUCCAAACCUGAAGGCACAAUAAGGAGGAGUUAAAACCACAGAUAAGUAGAACCAGUUGGAACGUUGCGUUGUAGGCUGCUUUAAAAAGAUGCCAUGAAAAGUGAGGUAACUUUUUCUGAAUGCUGGUGCUGGAAAGCAUGUUGUGGUGUUGUGCUUUCUGUCAAUGACGACCAUAAGUGGUUCCUGAUCUCAGAAGAUGGUGGUGUACUGAAUGCAGAUUCAUGCUUGUCGAUGCCACUGGAGGACGCUCUUACGGUGCGUUCUUGGUGCCUUGAAGGUGUUCAUGUGCAGGUUGUAGUCAUGCCAUUUACCCCUUUGCACCACAAAAGCAUGUCUUCAGUUUGUUCUGUCAGAGCACGGGAAGCUCCUUGAGCUGCAGUUUUCCAGCUACAGGCCUGAGUGGCUCCUGGUUCUGUUGUAUUAAAGUAAACUUCAAAUAUUCAUGCAACAUUUGGACUGAAAUUGUAGCAUAGCGACAACAAUGAUAGCAAGUAUCUUAGCAUCAGGCUAACCAGAGCGCGGUCGCAAGUCGUGUUAGUAACAAGUAGUGAUAAAGUUGAUGAUUGCCUUCUCAGAGCAGUGAUGAGUAUGGUUAGUGUUAUAAAUCUAACCCAGUACUGUGUCUGUAAAUUAAAUGCUCUACAGCCGAUACUGCGAUCAACUCAUUUAAAAGUAUAGAAUUGGAACUCUGCACUGUUCACCUUUUGAGUGGCGGCCAUGUUAAUUUGACGUCACUUUGGAAACAGGGACUGACGUGCGAGCUGAGAAGACGAGUCCAAGUUGGUGAGCGUUUUCUGUGGCUUUUCCUGGCUUGAGGUGGAAAAUUACAAGUUAAAAACUUCACCUCCAUCACAGCGUUAAAAGCGAUAUCUAAAAGUAUUACACCUUUUGUUUGUGAUUUUCCAGUCCUACAUCACCACUUGGGGCUUGGUGAUUGAAAUUGGAUGUGAUGUAUUGGAGAAUCCUGAUAUUGGGAACCACUGAUGCAGGUCCUGCUUGAUGAUAAUCAUGAUUACUAUGUGCUGUUCUUACUUUUCCAUACUUCCUUGCAUUUAAUGUGCGUUUACAAUUUUUAUUCACUGGCACUUGGAAGUAGAGGUAUGUGCAAGAGUAAAAUUGUUUUUGUUAAUCCUCCGAAAGAAUUCUGACCGGUCCCGGUCAGUCCUGGGGGCUACCCUGACCGGUCCCACCCAUUCGCAGGGGUACCCUGACCAGUCCCAUUGAACCCUCAAGGAAGUUUGACCAAUCCUCUUGGCACCUAAUGGUAUUCUGACCAAUCCAAAUCACUCCUGUCCAGACCAAUGGAAAUUGACUCAUCCCACCCACUGCUACCAAAAGUUCGUCCAAUCCCGCCUGCUUCUGCAGAAAAUUUAACGAAUUCUACCCACACAGUAUUUUUUAAAAUGAACUUUAAUUUUAUUUCCAAAAAUAUAAACAAAUGAAGAAUUGAAACCAUGGUGACGCGAACCAGGAUAAAGCAGUUACUGAGGUUGAAUGAUAGAAUGCUGUAAACGAGCACCAAACACGCUUUCGUGUUCAUGAAAGCGGCCUCUUUUUGUCUGGCAAACUUCAUAUCUUGCAUGAAAAGGAAAACUUUUUUUUUUUGGUUGGGUCCUUUGGGAUCUCAUUCCUCAUGAUUUAAAAAAAAAGCCUCUCCAUUGGAUAUACAGGAGGAGAGGCGGAAUUUUUUCCUUCCUAAUGUCGUUCCACUUACAGGAGUUGAUUGACCCGUAUGUCAGCACAUACACGAUGUCCUAAGAUAUUCAUUCAUGUUCAUCGCUUGCUCAUGGUUGCUACGUGGAGGUUAUGAAUGCUAAUGCGCUUGUUUGUGUAUGUAUUGUUUAUAUAUAUGAGAGUGAAUGACCUGAUGCACGAGUUGUAUGCAUUUUCUGAAGUGAAAUGAGCAGCACCCGUUUCCCUUUUCCAUACCUGCUGAACAGCAGCGUCUUCUCCGGACCGUUCCUUUUAAUUUAACUUGCUUGUGUAAAUACGCAUAAAUAAUUCCUAUGUGGCGGAAUGUUGUCAGUGUUGUUUGUAGCACGCUGAACGAGUUUCCUGUCGCUUCCUCAGGCAGAGUAGUUCGCCCGUGUUAGUGCUGUGCCAUUUUACAAAUAACCUGUGUAUCUGACCAGAACUAAGCUCGCUGUACACAGUAACCACUUUUUUUUUUUUUCAGAGCUGUGAUGUACAAACUUGGAUUAUUUUGAUCUAAAUUGAUCAUUUGUCCCAUUUGUAUGAUUUGUGCAUUAAAGUUUGUGGUCUCUGAUUCGA